GGCAGAGAACUGGGCAGUACGUGGUAUGACAGGUUUAUGCGCACCGUCUCGUUAAUGACUACCAAGUGACUACCAAUUGAGCACUUUAUUUGGUUUAUCACUUAAAGCUUUUCAAGUCAGCAUUUCAUAGAUCCGGGGCGUUGUGGAACAAAGAUGAUCCCAAUCUCUUGAAUAAAGUUAAAAAAUAAAAAAAUAAAAAAAAAAUAAAGUAUAAUAAUAAGAAUUAUGUUACAAUAAUCAAAAGAAAAUAUUUCUUAUUUUUUAUUCAAUAAUAAUAAUAAUAAUAAUAAUAAUGUUUGACAUUAAUUGGUCAGUGAUGAAAAAACAUUAGCUCUUUUUAACAGGAAUAAAUAAUGGUGUGCAUUGUUAGAUAAGAGGUGAUAAUUGUUUUGGUUAAUAUCGUGCAUUACCUAAGGAAAUGGAAGAUGAACAACCAACGAGAGAAGCAAACAAGAUAUGCGGUGUUUGCGGUGACCGUGCUUUGGGAUACAAUUUCAAUGCAGUCUCUUGUGAAAGUUGUAAAGCAUUUUUCCGAAGGAAUGCACUUAAAAACAAGGAUUUCCGGUGUCCUUUUACAGAAAAUUGUAGCAUCACACCAGUGACCAGACGUUUUUGUCAAAAAUGCCGUUUGGAUAAAUGUUUCAGUAUUGGUAUGCGUAAGGAAUACAUUAUGUCAGAAGAGGAUAAGGUUUUAAAGCGUCAAAAGAUUGAACAAAAUCGUGCUAAAAAGAGGCCUCAAUCGGAUAACAUUAAAACAUCUAAAGUUAAAAAGGAUUGCGUAGAAGAUUGUACAUUUGAAGAUACAGUUAAUUCAGUUGCAUCUAAUGUAUCUGAGACAUAUUUUUGGGAAUCAGAUAAAAAGUAUGCUGACUUAGAUGCAGCUAGACAAAAUCCUAUGGAAAAUAUGAGUCCAGUUACUGCUGCUAGUGUUCCUAGUCCUUCGAGUCCACCAGAAAGUGGCAACAUAACUGGAUCGAAAACUUUAGAUAUGUUAAAAGAUUCUUAUAAUAAUAAAUGUAAUUUUGUUAAAUAUGAAUUAAUAUCACAGUACGAGGAACCUAACACUGAUGUAGAAUCAAGAAGAAUAACUUCACAUUCACCAGUAUCAAGUCGAACAAGGUUUAACGAAUUUGAUCUAGCAUCUCAAUCAACUGGAAAUGAUAAAAAUAUUUCGAUAAAUUCGAGAAAAUUUGAUCAAAAUUUGUUAGAAUUUGAUUCGAAUUUUGGUAAUGCGAGUAAUCAAUCACCACGUUAUCAACAUGAGUAUGAAGAUAGUUCGGCAAGUUAUUGCAAAUAUGAACAAAGUCCUGAUAGUGGUCCUUCUACGUUUAUCGAUUGUACUUCGAAUGUUGAAACUACGCAAUUAAAUUUAAGUCCCAUUUCUCAUACAAGUGUACAAACGUUUACUGAAGAAACUACUGCGUGUCAAAGACAAAAAGAAAUGUGUCCUAAAGGGAAUGACUUAGUUAAUAAAUUUACACAAAAUCCAGAACUCGUUAUGAAAUUUGUCAAUAAUCCACAUUUAGUUGCUAAAAUAUUUCAAGAUAGAAAUUUAAUUUUAAAAAUUAUGACAGAUCCAGUAUUGGUUAAUAGAUUAGCAGCAGAUCCACAAAUUUCACAAUUUGUUAAAGAAAAUAGUAACGAUACUAGUAAUACCGAUACCAUAAAACAUUCUAAUCCUGAAUUAGAAAAAGAUGUGAUAGAAGAGCAUUUAUCUGCAACUACAAGUAGACAACCAUUUAAAAUCAAACAAAGUCAUGUUGAAAAUCCAAUUUUAAAGGAUUUAAUAACAUACAAAAGUACUGAAAAUUAUAAAAACAAAGAUACCGAUCUAAGUACAAAUAAAACAACAACAGCCGAUGUAACUAAAGAUGUACUUCAAGAUGUUCAAAGAAUACCAAUUGCUGCCAAUUCGAUCGAAUCGAUCUUGUAUGAAGCUAUUAAAUUGGAAUUUUCAGCAUAUUCAGCUCUUGGUGGGAAUCAAAGCACCAGAGAAUUAAACGACGCUGAAAGAGCAAAGUUAAAUGAAUUAAUAGUAGCUAAUAAAGCACUAUUAGCUCCAUUAGAUGAUGAUAUAACAAACUUAGUUGGUGAAGAAUGCAAAUUUAAAGGAAGUUUUGGACAAUCCGAUCCAAUGUUGUUGGAUGUUAUCAAUUUAACGGCCAUAGCAAUACGACGUCUUAUUAAAAUGUCGAAAAAAAUGAAUGCAUUUAAAAAUAUGUGCCAAGAGGAUCAAUUAGCACUCUUAAAAGGUGGAUGUACAGAAAUGAUGAUCUUAAGAUCGGCACUUAAUUAUGAUCCCGACAAAGAUAUGUGGAAAAUACCACAUAGUCAAGAAAGAAUGUCAAAUAUUAAAGUUGACGUAUUGAAAGAAGCUAAAGGUAAUUUGUAUGCAGAGCAUGCCAAAUUUGUUCGAACUUUUGAUCCAAGAUGGAGAGAUGAAAAUAUUAUUUUAAUUCUAAGUGCUAUUGCUCUGUUCACACCUGACAGACCAAAGGUUGUACACAGUGAUGUAAUUAAAUUGGAACAGAAUUCUUAUUAUUAUCUUUUGAGACGAUACUUGGAAAGCGUUUAUCCGGGUUGUGAAGCUAAAUCGACAUUUUUAAAAUUAAUACAAAAAAUAUCGGAACUUCAUAGAUUGAACGACGAAGUUGUUAACGUUUAUUUAAAUGUAAAUCCAUCUAGUGUAGAGCCAUUACUUAUAGAAAUAUUCGACUUAAAGCAUUGAUAUUAACAUCAUUAUUAUAUAACUUUUACUCUGAUUCUUACCUCAUAGCUUAUUAUUAUCUGAUAAAACAGAAAAUAACAACAAAAACAAAAA